GUUGAUCGGGUCACUUGCUUGGCCAUCCAACAAUCACAUGCAACAACAUACAACAUGCACACACUACCACACAGUCACCAGCAAAGCAGCAGCCCGUCUAUCUGAGCUCCAGACGGCAUGCACCUCUGCUAAGUGCAAGCGAUCGAGAGGGCUAGGGGCAGAACGUCGAAUGUAAACAGUGUGUUCGCAGUGAAACAACGGUACUUAAUUAUCGUGCAAUGGACAAGGGGAUGAUUCUUCCUCUAUCCUGAAUUUUAGCUAGGAGACUGCUAUUAUCUAUUAAAACCUGCUUGCUGCAAUGCAAAACUCUUCUUCUGUCUUCAUGCCUGCUGUGGUGGUUGGUUGACAAGAUGCGAUUGACCAUCGUGCGUGUAAUGAUCGGAGGUCUGGUAUCUGUACUCAUCAUCCUACAGUUGGUGCACUUGUCCAUGAUCUCCUGGCUGGAGAAUAAAGCCACGUCAAUCAGCAAUGGGCGCAGGUCCGCAGGCUCCGGGAGCCUACCCGGCAAACACAAUCAUUCCAGCCGUGACCGAACUAGAUCCCAGCACCUCGAGGCCAAGUUGGACACCACAGGUUCCUAUAAAAUCUAUCAUUCCUACAUGAAGAGUGCUGCCCUCGUAAAGAGCAAGAGUCAGGAACUCCCAAACUCAGAUGUGACCCUCAUCACUCAGUGUUCAGUAAACAAUUUAUAUCACCUUGUAGAUCUUGUCGUACGAUGGAAAGGUCCUCUCUCGGUUGCCGUUUUCUCCUUUGGACCAGAUACAAGUACUUUUAAUAAUGUUUUAUUUACGUUACGCGAGUGUUUUCCGGCCGUCAAGGAAAAUGUUACGUUUCAUCUUGUGCAACCCAUUACUGAAAUAACGGAGACUCUGAGCAGUGCCAAAGCACUGUCUUUCACUAAACUGUCGUGUGACACCAUUUUAAAUGACAUCAAAGAUCAGUCUUUGGAGUCGCCCCAGCAGAAGAACUACGCCUAUCAGGUCCCGUACCCGAGUAACGUCUUGCGCAACGUGGCCAGGAGUGGCGCGCUAUCCAGAUUUAUAUUUGUGGUUGACAUUGACAUGGUGCCGAGUGUGAACUUGAGGACUGAAUUCCUGCAUCUUUCUCGGAGUAGCAUCAUCUUGCAAGAGGAAACGGAGUAUUCCAAGAGGACGGCCUUUGUGGUGCCAGCGUUUGAGAUGCGCGAUGGUCAGCAUGUGCCGCUCAACAAGGAAAGACUUCUUUAUGAUAUGUCCCACUAUGGACAUAUCAGACCAUUUUACAUUGAGGACUGUUCGUAUUGUCAGAACCAUACUGACUACCAUAGAUGGGAGAAUACCAAGGGUACCGCUGGUGCAGUCAACAUCGCCUACACAGUAGAAUGGAAGCCCCUUUGGGAACCGUUCUUCAUCGGACACCGGGACGUACCGCUUUACGAUGAACGAUUCAAGCAGUAUGGAUACAAUCGCAUCAGUCAGGUGUGCGAGAUGAACGUCGCUGGAUACAACUUUGCCGUUUUGGAUAACGCCUUCCUCAUCCACAAGGGCUUUAAAGAGAAAUCGUCCUACCAUGCCCACAAACUCAACGAAAAUCGCAAAAACAAGGAGCUGUUCCUUCAUUUUCAGGAAGAGCUGAAAGUCAAGUAUCCUGACUCGUCAAAGAGGUGUCAGACGUAGUCUUUAUGAGUAGCUCAGUACAGUAUGGUGGUUUGCCUCCAAGAGGUGUUUGUGGUAUGUUAGUUGUUUUUGGAAAAGUUAAACAGUUGUAAACUUUAAACCUAUUCGAAAUGAAUUUACAGUCUCGAAUUUAAGAGGGACGGAUUAAUUGAAAUAUUAUCGGUAUGUAUCACAGUCUAAAUGAGAACUUUUUUUAAAUUAAGAUUACUUAUGUACACAAAACAUUAUGAACUAAUUUUAAGUAACAAAUUUGUAAUGUUCUUGCUGGUUAUAUCGAAAAUGUUAAAUUUAAACUGGAUGUUGUUGUCCGACCAUUUUUUGCUGAGUUGAUUAAAAUUCAGUCGAUGACUGAUCAUUAAUUCACCAUCGUAAAGCAGCAACAUCUCAUCGUCUGCUCAGGACGAUAAGGUCAUUACUUGAUUUGCAUUUAAUGACCUCUUGAUCAUUACAAAUAUGAAAUUGCAAAUGAUGACCUUAUAUAGCACUGGGCCGACGACAUGUAAUGCCUGUAUACACACAUGCUGUUGAGCUUUUUAUUCAUCAAUAAACAUACAAUUACUCCCAAGCCCCUGCACUUCUUUAUUUACUGAUGCAAAAAUUUACUUCAACCGGAAAUGAUCCAAACCUCUUCCUCCCUGAGUAAUUAAGCGCGGGUCGCAGUACGGGUGGUUAAUCAAGAGAGGGCUUGGUCAAAACCUAAAAUGGAGGUCCUCGUCGCAAAUUGAUGAUGGAGUCCAUUCUGGCAUGUCACAAAUUUCUUUGCAAAAUAAACAACCCAGCGGAAGUUUAUUUUAUCGGCCCACACGACACAUUGAAAUGUUGAGAUUAUACUUGUGGAUGUAUAGUCAGGUUGUGAUUAUAAGAUACUGUGGAGUCUGGCUAGUGACGGGAAACAUAUUUUGCCUGCCUCAUUAGGGGUUGAGAAGAUGAUUGGAAGUAUUGUGCCAAUCUCAAGAUAGUCAAGAGGGUGUUAAUCUACAACCUCUGUGAAAAUCAAGCUAGUGUUGGAAUUCCCCUCACUGUAAAAAGUAAUGCUUUGCAGAUUUACUACACAUGAGUAGUGCACAUUUGUGUUCUCCAUAUCCUCUCUGCAGUUUUGUUCAACACCCACAAUGAGACAAUUGUUUCUGUAUAAAAAAAAGAAUUGUUCUGUAGUCUUUGCCACCCAUGUUCUUUCAUACUGAUUGUAUAUCGAUUAUAAUCAAUCUAAAGCCGGUGUAUUUUUCAGGUUUGUAGCUGAUUGGUGGAUUUUGCAUUGGCACUGCAAUAGACUUUGAGCACAAGUUGUACACAAGUCUUGUUGGAAUGCAGUGGAAGCACACAUGAAAGCAAAAUACAUAUCUUAAGAAUGCCACUGGGACCCUGUUGAAACUCUCUGUUCAAGCAACACUUUUUACUGCUAGUGCUACAAGUUAAAAAACUUUGCUCCAAAAAGGUUGCUUGAUCCCAAGCUGCCAUCAGAGCCGAAACCAUUUUGAUUUAAGAACCAUUACAUAUAGCUCGUCUGAGACCAUGGAAUAUCUGGGAAUGUUCCUAAGGAAAUCUGGAAGAAAAAGAUGACACAAGUUUGAAUGUUAGAAUGUUGUGAUUGAUUACACCGUUUACAAAUGCAGCUGCUGUAGAGAUCUUGGAAUUCGAAUCAAAGGGUCUCUUCAUUCUUUCUAAUAGAGGUCAACAUUUCCUAUGUGAACAUGUGCCAUAAUUCAUGACUGCCGGCAGUCAUUGCUAACGUCUAAAAGAAAAUCCUGAAGCCAAACUGGUACCAAUGAAAUGCUCGACAUAAAUGUGUAAAGUUGCAAGGUGUACGGUUGUGUUAAAGGGGUGGCAAAUAGCAUUGUUUGCCAUAACAAAAAAGUCUAAAGCGGUAAGUACCUAGUUCAGGAUUUGAACCACGGACCUUCAGAUAUUCUGUCUUGCACUCCCCCAACUGAGUUAUUUCAAGAUAAUUAUUGCAGUUUUUCUUGUUGCAAAUU